AUGUAUUUCGAUCUUGUCCAGUUUGAGCCCUCGCCCAUGUUCUAUGCCAUGUCGGACUCGGGAGAUUCCAACAAGGCGGAAAAGAAGAGGGAGUAUAACAGGAAUGCACAGCGCUUGUUCCGCCUGCGUCGGAAAGAGCAUCUCAAAAACUUGGAGCGCGCCGAGCAAGAACGCCUGGUUAACAAUACCGACGAGCUGGAGCGACUACGUCAAGAGAUCAACGAGCUUCGCUGUGAGAAUGAUAACUUGCGACUCUCUGCCUCUCCCUCGCGACAGGUAUCUACUGCACCGUCCUCGGUGGCCGUCACAUCAAGCCCGCCAUCUCAGUCCAACAGUCCGUUUCCAGUCCUGGAUCUCUCAGACCACCGCCAUGCCGGCUACGACAGGGCACUCAGCGAUGUUCUGGUGCCUACGAUAGAAGCCCCGUCAACUGGAGUGCACGACCUGACGACCUCAUCCAAUGUAUCCGAGCUGGAUACGUCCUUCUGCCUCUUGUUCCCUCAAGACGUCGCCACUGUGCGACGUGACCUGCACAAGCGCAUGGCCGCUGUGCUGAAUAUGAAUGUGCUGAGCCACCCGCAGCGCCAUCUGCCAACACUCGCAGCCCUGGGGCCCUCGUUGCCACCGUCACUGCGACCAACCCUGCUGCAGCUCCAGACGCCUCAUCACGCCUACAUCGACCUGAUCCCGUCGCCGACGUUGCGUGACACCUUGAUCCGGGCCGGCGUCGAGACUGCCAAUGCCUUUUUGAUGACAGCGGCGUGUGCCAUUGUCUACGAGACCGAGGAUCUUGGCCAGCUGACCAUCUGGGGCCAGGACUACUUUAACGAGAUGUCGUGGGAGUUCUCGGAAGACGUGCUCAAGGCAUGGCCAGGCUUGCUCACAUCCGAGUGGCGGGAUAGAGCUAAUUUCUGGCGGCGGCAAAGAAAUGAGGCGUUGAUUAAUUUCGACUGA